AUGCCCACCCAGCCGAAACAGACACUUGAACACCGGCAGUCGCAGCUCUGGCAUCAGCUCCACCCUCUACUGACCCAACAUGCCCCGAACUGCCCACCACCCAUCCUCCACGGCACAGCCGGCACCCACCGAUUCGACCCCACCAACCCCGUCCCUCGCGCGAACUUCAUCCUCAACAGCGAAGAGAUCCUACUCCCAAUGCAGACCGCGCACGACGGCUUCGUCCACGCCAUUCACACCACCAGGUUCGAGCCCGCCUACAACCCCGGAACAAGAGGAAUCGUCACGGCAGCCGGAGGAUCCUACCUCCCCACCUUCACGGUAACCGUCAAGCUCCUCCGGCGCAUCGGCUCCACCCUCCCCGUCGAGGUCUUCAUGAAGGACGCGACGGAGUACGAGGCCAUCGCCUGCGAGACCAUCCUGCCCCCGCUGGGAGCGAAAUGCAUUCUCCUCUCCAACCUCACACCGGAUCUGGACUCUGAGAAUCUCACCGGCUUCCAGCUCAAAGCCCUGGCGAUACUCUUCUCCUCGUUCGAGGAUGUCCUCUGGCUGGACGCGGACUGCGUCCCGCUGCAUGAUCCAGCUCUGCUGCUUGCCUCUGAGCCCUUCGCGACGAAUGGACUGGUGACCUGGCCUGAUUUCUGGGCUGAUACUGCCAGUCCGGUUUACUUUGAGGUCUCUCGGCAGGAGGAGCUGGACGCGACGGAUGCGAGGGCGAGGGCGAGGGCGGCGAGCGAAGCGGGUAUGCUUCUCCUUUCGAAGAAGUCGCACUUCGGCAUGCUGCUGCUGGCGGUGUAUUAUAACAUUUACGGUCCGCAGUUCUACUACCCCCUCCUCAGCCAGGGUGCCCCGGGUGCAGGGGAUAAGGAUACCUUCCUCCAUGCUGCGACCGCCCUGGGCGCGGAGUUCUACGCGGUGAGCGCGCCUCCGGUGGACCUGGGGCGGGUGAAUACGGGUGGCAAGUCGGCGGUGGCGCUCAAUUCGGGGUUUAUUCAGGCAGACCCCAUACAGGAUUACGCGAGGGUCCGUUCGGGCGAAGAGAAUGGGAGUGCUGCGCGGGCGUUCUUCAUCCAUGCGGGCAACCCUGAGUUCAAUCCGGGAAAGGAGCUGCUGGGGAGGAGGCUGAAGGGGUUGGAUGGACGGCCGGCCAGGUUGUGGACGUAUCCGCCUGAGGCGUUGGCUCGAGUUGGCUUUGAUACGGAGAGGGUGUUCUGGGAGGAGACGGUUGCUGUGGCUUGCGAAAUGGAGGAGGUAUUUGAGUCGUGGGAGGGGAGACGGGGACUGUGCGAGAAGGUACGGGCGCAUUUCACGGAUGUUUUCGCAGGCGAUGCGGUUGGAUUGGGAUUUCAAUUGUUUAAGCUUCUUUGA